GAUUACUUUGACAGUGACUUGGGUGAAGAAUUGUCGAUCGAUAUGGGGACUUUGUUAGAUAUUCUCGAAGAAAAGGAGCCUGAUCGAGUGCAGAGUAGUCCAGAAGAUUCAUCACUAAAGAAUUCAUCACUAGAAGAGUCAGCCGUGGAGGACGGAAAUCACAAUAAUUUGCAGCUUCAAAAUGGAUACCAAGUUGAUUUUAUGGGUCCUGUUACAUCUUACCCUUCAUAUAACUUGGAAGCUUCAGAUGAUCGAAAAGGGAGUUCAGGUGAUUACCAUAGCAAACUGCAACACACAGAACAAACCUGCUAUCCUGUACAGACUUGCUCUGCUAGUCUUAAUGACUGGUUCUCACCAACUUCAGGGACUUGCUGACCUGAAAGGGUUGGAAUAUCUCAAUUUGAGA